CUCACCGUUAAUAUCAAGGCGCUGAUUUCAGUCUGCAGUCAGUCGAUUCCGAAUUGCUUGUGAGAAGUUUGCUUUGCCGAGGGACUACCUGAAUUCUACUUUCGACUGGGAAGAAUAAUACUUAUUAUUCAAUCGGAAACGUCAAGUAAAUUUGUAAAAAAUGAAAGGAGUAAAAGCUCUACUAUUAUUAGGGCUAGUUACAGCCUUUGCGCUGGCUAAGGAAGAAAAGAAAGAUAAGAAAGAGGAUAUUGGGACGGUGAUAGGGAUCGAUUUAGGUACCACGUAUUCUUGCGUUGGUGUAUAUAAAAAUGGACGCGUUGAAAUUAUUGCCAACGAUCAGGGAAAUAGAAUUACACCUUCGUAUGUAGCAUUUACUGGCGAUGGGGAACGAUUGAUCGGAGAUGCAGCAAAAAAUCAAUUAACUACAAAUCCUGAAAAUACAAUUUUUGAUGCAAAACGUUUAAUUGGCCGUGAAUGGACGGAUACCACGGUGCAGAAUGAUGUGAAAUUUUUCCCAUUUAAAGUUAUCGAAAAGAAUAACAAGCCGCAUAUAGAAGUUCAAACUAAUCAGGGAAAAAAGAUAUUUACACCGGAAGAAAUCUCUGCUAUGGUUUUGGGUAAAAUGAAAGAAACAGCAGAAGCAUAUUUGGGCAAAAAAGUUACCCAUGCUGUUGUAACCGUUCCUGCAUAUUUUAAUGACGCGCAACGACAAGCUACAAAGGAUGCAGGUACUAUCUCUGGGCUCAACGUAAUGAGGAUUAUUAAUGAACCAACGGCUGCUGCUAUUGCUUACGGUUUGGAUAAGAAAGACGGAGAAAAGAAUGUCUUGGUGUUUGACUUGGGAGGGGGUACUUUUGACGUUAGUUUACUAACCAUUGACAACGGCGUUUUUGAAGUUGUUGCUACUAAUGGUGACACUCACUUGGGCGGUGAAGAUUUCGAUCAGCGUGUUAUGGAUCACUUUAUCAAAUUGUAUAAGAAGAAAAAGGGUAAGGACAUUCGAAAGGAUAACAGAGCCGUCCAAAAACUUCGCCGUGAAGUUGAAAAAGCCAAGAGAGUACUCAGUGCGAGUCAUCAAGUGAGAAUUGAAAUCGAAUCAUUCUUCGAGGGCGAAGAUUUCUCGGAAACUUUAACACGUGCUAAAUUUGAAGAACUGAAUAUGGAUCUCUUUCGUAGUACUCUCAAACCCGUACAAAAAGUAUUAGAAGAUUCUGAUAUGAGCAAAAAAGACGUACAUGAAAUUGUUCUUGUCGGAGGAUCAACCAGAAUUCCCAAAGUACAACAGCUGGUCAAAGAAUUCUUUGGAGGUAAAGAACCUUCAAGGGGUAUUAAUCCUGACGAAGCUGUCGCAUAUGGUGCCGCCGUUCAAGCCGGUGUUCUUUCGGGCGAACAAGAUACGGAUGCGAUCGUACUUUUAGAUGUUAAUCCGCUUACAAUGGGUAUUGAAACUGUAGGAGGUGUAAUGACCAAACUCAUUCCAAGGAAUACUGUCAUCCCUACGAAAAAAUCACAAAUCUUCUCGACUGCGUCGGACAACCAACAUACCGUUACGAUUCAAGUUUACGAAGGCGAACGACCAAUGACCAAGGAUAACCAUCUUCUUGGGAAAUUUGAUUUAACUGGAAUUCCACCGGCUCCCCGUGGAAUACCACAAAUAGAAGUUACAUUUGAGAUCGAUGCCAAUGGUAUUCUUCAAGUUUCCGCGGAGGACAAGGGCACUGGAAAUCGAGAGAAAAUAAUAAUUACCAACGAUCAAAAUCGACUAACGCCCGAUGAUAUUGAAAGAAUGAUCAAAGAUGCUGAAAAGUUUGCGGACGACGAUAAGAAAUUGAAGGAAAGAGUAGAGGCUCGUAACGAACUCGAAUCUUAUGCAUAUUCCUUGAAAAAUCAAUUAGCCGAUAAAGAAAAACUUGGUUCCAAGGUCACGGACUCUGACAAGGCAAAGAUGGAGGAAGCGAUCGACGAGAAGAUCAAAUGGUUAGAAGAUAAUCAGGACACAGAUCCGGAAGAAUAUAAAAAACAAAAGAAGGAACUAUCGGACAUAGUACAACCAAUUAUAGCUAAAUUGUAUCAAGGCGCUGGUGGUGUUGGUGUACCGCCAACUACCGGUGAAGAAGAUGAUGAUCUAAAAGACGAACUAUAACCGUUCAAGAGCCGCCGACGAAGCGACUUCGUUCUUAUUUAGACUGAAAUAAUCCACUUCCUAAGUGAGGAAUGCAUCAAGGACCUACUAAUAUUUGUCAAAUGAUAAUGUCUUCAUGAUGGAUGGAUAUCGGACAGAUGAGUUGAAGAAAAUUUCAAAAUCUUGCGCCUGCGCGCGCGCACCCCCCCCCCCCCCCACACACACAGUGAUCUAUCAUGAAUUGACAUACUAAUUGACUCUCUAUCAUACAUAUUUCUUAUAAGGAGCAACGAUGCUUCUUCAUCUUCUUCUCAAAUCAAGGAAGAAAGAAAGACAAAGGAAAAAAGUAAUUGAUAUAUCUAAUGGAGAACUUACUUAAAAAGUUCUUAGAUAAGACUCCACGUAUUGUUAAUUUAUUUUAAUUGUUUUAUAUGUUUAUUCUUAAGUGUAAUCCAUAAGCCAAUUGUAUAACUGAUGUGUUUCUGCAGUGUGUAUGUGAGUAUGAUUGAGUUUAAAAAUGUUUACAAUUUGUAAUUAUAUAUCUGAGAGAGAGAGAGAGAGAGAGAGAGAGAGAGGGAGAGGAGGAAAAAAACUAUAGUACUGUGUACAAUACAGAUAAUGUGUAGGCGUGAGAGCGAGUCAUGUAUUAAUACCAUAUAUGUACUAAUACUACAUAAAUAAAUACAUUUUUUCAAUAAA